AUGAUAUUUAUUGCAAAGGCGCAAGAAACUGCAAAAAUCUUAAAAUUGCAAGUUAAAAAAGAAAACUGUGACAAACCAUCACCGGCAUUAAUGAAGACCAACAUUAAACAAGAGCCAAAAUUUUAUAAAUCAAUGAACUCAGUAAAACCUGAAGAACAAAAUUAUUCACCACAACACAGUCCUGUGCCUGAAAACGGAACAAAGAUGGUGGCAAAAGCAAAGGCUGCCAAAAUACAGUGUGAAAUAUGUAACACUGUUAUCAAUAAAUCCUAUUAUUCCCAACACAUGACUAUGCAUGACCCAAAUCACCAAAAAUAUAUCUGUGAUGUAUGUGGAAAAUCCUUUAGACUUCGCUGUGCAUAUCACAGUCACAGUUUACGACACAGAAGUGAUUUCCAACACAAGUGUCAAUUCUGUCCCUACAAAGCUCGAUAUAAGGAACUCCUUAAGACACAUAUGAAAGUGCAUAUUGGUGAUUACAAAUACAUGUGUACAGAGUGUCCAACAAGGUUUUUAUUCAAAAGUAACCUCAAUAGACACCUGCUUAGGCACAAAGAACCUCAAUUUAGCUGUGAUGUUUGCAAGAGAUCUUUUCACAUAAAACUAGCAUUACAAAGACAUUAUGAAGCAGAUCAUUUAGGGAUUAAGAAACAUGUUUGCAACAUAUGUGGAAAAGCAUUUGGUUACAGAAAUGCCAUGAUGAAACAUCAGCGGUGUGUACAUAAAAGAGAAAAGAUAAGGUUUUCCAGAAUGCCUGCAUAUUUACAGACUGAAAAGAAUCUUUGA